AUGGGUUUUCUUAUGUUAGGGAUCGCAUUACCAGUGACAAAAUCUAUUGGCGAUGCAUCAAAUACAAAAUCCAAGACAAUUCUCAAACACCCAAGCGAUCAUAUUUGUAAAUUUGAUGCUACUCAAAAUCAAGUACGCCAAUUCUCUCAACAAGUCGCUGCUCGUGCACUUAAUACUCAAGAAACACCUGAUGUAAUUGUAACUAAUUGUUACAAAGGUGAGCGCUAAUUUAUGCAUAUUGAGCAAUAUAAAAAUUGUUUGUAUUUUAGAGCUGUCUG